CUUUAUCGGUACUUAUAACAAAGAUUUGAGAGCUUUGAUGUCGUCGUCUUCUUCUGCAAAGAUCGGUUGUUUCAAUCCGGAUUGUAAAGAUGCUAAACCAGAGCGGCCCCGGAAUGGAUGGCGCCUUCGGAAUGGAGAGUUUGCAGAGCUUUGCGAUCGAUGCGCUUCUGCAUUUGAGGGGGGGAGAUAUUGUGAAACUUUUCACUUAGAUGCUGCUGGUUGGAGGAGCUGUGAAUCAUGUGGGAAGCGGGUGCACUGCGGAUGUAUUGUUUCAUUCCAUGCAGUUGCACUAUUGGAUGCUGGAGGAGUUGAGUGCAUGGCAUGUGCUAAUAAAAAUUUCAUCAGGGCACCAAACCCUAUGUGGCCCUCCCCUUUCUUUCUGCAUCUACCCCUUCCUGAGAGACUUAAAGAUCUCUCUGUUAAAAACUGGAAUCAAUUCUCUGGGUCAAGUGCAGUUGCUGCACAGUGGCGUCAUGCACCCAAUCUGUGGAAUACAGCUACGGCUCAGUCUGAAUUACAUCCAAGGAUGCCUUAUGAGAUUGACAGAUCAAAUGGGAUUGAUAAACGGAUUUGUGGUGAGCGCCCAUCUGCCUCUGCCAUGGAGAAGACGAGAAAUGAAGAUCCAUCUGAAAAAGUCGCAUCUAGCAGCCUGAAAUUUGUUCCACCAGAAAGAUUUGCAAAUGAAAAUGCUGGAGAUAACAAUCCGGUAGAGACGAAAAAAGGAGUGAUUGUUGAACCUGGUAAGAACACUCCUGCAGCAGGAAUAAAAUAUGAGGCACAUCCAAGUGUAAAUAUUUCAGUGCAGUCUCUUCCAAAGGAUGAUACAUCAUCGUUACAUGUCAAUUUUGGUUUACCUUCAUCAUGUAAUGAGACAAAUGGUCCUAGCAAUGUUUCUGGAUCUCAAUCACAACGACUAAUGCCUCCAUCUGCAAUUACAAAGCCAUUCAUGGCUGGUCCGCAUAAUGGAGUGGAAUCAUCUGCUGAAACUCAAGUACGCAAUGGAAGACCUCGUGGGGAUACAAGGGGAAGACAUCAGUUACUUCCACGAUACUGGCCAAGGAUAACUGAUCAAGAGUUGCAACAAAUCUCAGGAGACUCAAACUCCGUCAUCACUCCUUUGUUUGAGAAGAUGUUAAGUGCCAGUGACGCAGGGCGAAUAGGGCGUUUGGUACUCCCAAAAAAAUGUGCAGAGGCUUACUUCCCUGCAAUUUCACAGCCAGAAGGGUUGCCUUUAAGAGUCCAGGAUGCAAGAGGCAAAGAGUGGGUUUUCCAGUUCCGUUUCUGGCCCAAUAAUAACAGCAGGAUGUAUGUUUUGGAGGGUGUGACACCAUGUAUUCAGUCAAUGCAAUUGCAAGCAGGUGACACAGUAACAUUCAGCCGCAUUGAUCCAGAAGGAAAGCUGGUCAUGGGAUUCAGAAAGGCUUCAAAUAUUCCACCAUCUGACCAGGAGAUGCAGACACCCAAGCCUGGGAAUGGUGUCCCAAAAAAUGGAGAGGUUAAUUCGGCAGAUCCAAGUGUUUGGUCCAAAGUUGAUAAAUCAGGAUACAUAGCAAAAGAAAUACCUGGAGCUAAGGCUUCCCUUCCAACUAAGAGGAAAAGCAGCACCUUAGGUUCAAAGAGUAAACGCCUACGCAUUGAAAAUGAGGACUUAAUAGAGCUCAAGAUUACAUGGGAGGAGGCUCAGGAGCUGCUUCGGCCACCUCCCAAUCACGAUCCUAGUGUUGUGAUAAUUGAAGGCCUGGAAAUUGAGGAAUUUGGGCAGGAAGCACCAAUAAUUGGGAAACCUACAAUUUUCACAACCAAUCAAUUGGGUGUGAAGAUUCAAUGGGUUCAGUGUGAAGACUGUUCUAAGUGGCGGAAACUGCCAUUCAAUGUGCUUCUUCGGUCAAGGUGGAUCUGUUCUUAUAAUUCAUGGGAUCCCAAAAGAUCUACAUGUUCAUCACCGCAAGAAUUAACUACAGAACAGCUUGAAGAUCUGUUGUCCUCUAAGAGCACUGCUGCUCCCAAGAAAACCAAAGCUGCCAAACAGGUGACCGAGGCUGUUGAAGCUUCAGAGGGGCUUGACACACUUGCAAACCUUGCCAUUCUGGGAGAGGGAGAGGCUCUCCCUUCGUCGUCCCAAGCCACCACAAAGCACCCUCGCCAUCGGCCUGGCUGUACAUGCAUUGUCUGCAUCCAGCCUCCGAGUGGGAAGGGCCCGAAGCACAAGCCGACGUGCACAUGCAAUGUAUGCCUCACUGUGAAGAGGCGCUUCCGCACGCUCAUGCUGCGGCGCGAGAAACGACAAUCAGAGAAGGUAGCAGAAACUGCACGUAAGAAAGAACAGCUCCAGCAGUCUCCGAAGGCAGAACCAGAGGAUGAUCCACCACUGAGUAGUAACACAAGUAACAGCAGUUCAAACCCAAAACACCCACUGGUGAAUGAGACUGUUGAUGAUGAGAACCCCAACAGUAAAAGACCUUCCUCUUCACCUCUUAAAGGCCAGAUUGACCUGAACAUCCAGCCAGAGAGGGAGGAUGAGCCAUCACCAACGUCAGAUUCCUGUAACAUGAGUUUGAUCCAAGAUGCCACUGAGAGAUAUCUCAGGGAACAGAGAUUAUCAAGUUCUGCGAGUGACGGAGAUCCAAUCACUGAUCAAAUUGAAGCAGUCGGAGGUGGAGUGGUGGAGGGGAGGCUUGAUGGUGUUCCUUGUGGUAGUGGUCAUCUUGAUGGUGACAUGGAGCAUCCAGUCACUUUGCCUAUGUCCAUGUCAACAUCAACAUCAGCAACGGGCUAGAUCCUUAGCACUGAUAUGUGCCAAUUGUAACAUUUCAGCGGUUGGGGACAGCUUCGUUGUACAUUCGGAUCCACAUUCACAUCAGACGCCAACAAACUCAACCUCAACCACACAAGCAAAAGGCAUUACCUUUGUACAUAAAAGAAAAAGAGGUAAGAGUUAGAUAGAUAACAUGAUCAA